CAUACAGCGAGGCGAGGUUUACCUCCUGUAAGGACAGUCAGGGAGCUCAGUGCAGACGUUACACGGGGGGAGAUGGAUCCCCCUGUCGUCUGGGACCUGGAGCUGGUGUAAGCCCACCAGAUGUGAGGCUGGGUCUAGCCGGCAGUGCAGUGAGGCUGUUCGCGAGAUGCUCAGUGUCAACAUAUGUGGAGAAGGUUUGUGAACCAACCCCUGCUUAUUCCUGCUCCACUUGGCCUGAGGAGCUGCUGUUGUUCCGGUCGGACAGAGGAAAAAAAAAUGAAAAGGCUUUGUGAUUCUUGCUGGACGAGGAGCUUUCACAAGGGAAAUGGAGAGAUUACAAGGUUGGAGAGCCGAUGCACCUCAACAUGGGAAGGUGAUUGUGGUACUCCCACUCCUACUGCUUCUUACUAACUUGUAUUUGGAUUGAGUUUGUGCAAAAUGGCGCAGAAUGCAAGUGUCAUGACUUUCUACAUGGAGCUGAGAGCUGGUCCCUCUGAGAGCUGUGCCAAAAGAUCUCCAGGAUCGUCGAGCCGUGACAGUCUGAACAUUGCACAGUCUAAUGCCAGUGCCCAGUCUCCAUGCCUGCUCUCGCUCAGUCCCCAGACACCACAACCCCAUGCACAGAGACGCAGUCUGCCACCAGACACAAGGAUGGAUUUCCUGGGCUUUCCUAGUCAUGAGAAGGGCGCAACAUCACUCAUUCGAACACGAUCGGAGACCAAUCCCUUUCGGGAAAUUACUUCCACUAGUCCUGGACGGUCCACUGCUCCAACCUCUCCUGUAUGCAUUAGGACUCAUCCAUUUUGUCCAGUUACCUUGGAGAAUACAAUAAGAGGGAUGGGCAGUGAUACCAGAGGUAAAAGCUCAGUAGUCACAUUCAGCUACAUCGAAAAGGCCAGAGUAAAAACUAUCGGGAAUCCCUUCAGUGUAUCAGCGCUUCCUCAGGGAGCAAACCUUACUGUCCCCUCUGCGGGAUGGAAAAGCCCUCAAACUGGGCACAAAAUGCCUCGGGGAUCUGUAUCAAAACCAGUUCAGAUGGAGCAUCUUGUCAUGCGGUCAAGUGCAGUGACUGCGAGAACCUCCAGAGAGCCAUCAAAUGGUCUAGUUCCUACCCGAAGUUUGCUUUCAUCGGUUGGGAGUGCAAGUCAAAAAUAUUCUGCAACUCCAGGUUUGUGCUCUGGAGAAAAUAGCCCCCGAACUGGGAAGAAAAUACUUCAAGAGCUUGUUUCAAAGCCAAUCCAUACAAAGACUAUGGAUCUUGGAACAAAUCUAAAGACUGCGAUGAUUCGUACCGAAACUUCGGAUAGCCAUACUGUUGCUGCUAUUCCAAACUUGGAUCCAAUUGGAAGAGAAAUCCCAAACAGUCCUGGCAUCAAACAGGCUAACUCUUGCAUACUGGUUGGGGAAUAUUCUGACCGGGCUCAGCGGAUUGCAAAAGCCAGACGGGAAUUCUUUUAUGGACCAUCGGAACCACAGAUUCCAGAAGAUAAAGCUGACUCUGAAACCCGGCAGUCACUGGCGAGUCCGCACUUUACCGUGACGAUUGAAAUAGCCGAGAACAAGCAAAAGGGAGCAUCCACCAGUGGAUCUCUUGAGGCACAGCCAUGUGUGGUCAGUCAUGGCUCUGCCAAGGUAGUUAAUGAUUUGAAAAAUGCACCUUUGUCAAAUGGAACUUCCAUGGUUUACAAAGCAAGAGACCAAACUAGAACAACCAAGUACUCAGAGACUGAUCUGGAUGCUGUGCCUAUCAGACGCUACCAGGAGACUAACCUGGAUGAAGUCAUGGCACAAUACAACAUAACCAGUCCAGACAAGCACGACAGUAUUCACCAUCCGAGUUCAACAGUUGCAAGUGACACUGUUCAGAUGGACCCUCAUGCUCCUUCAGGAGGCUACAUCCGAGAUGAGACCACUGGGAAUUGCAAGGGGUGCAGAGAAGAGCAAUCAAAAGUUGUGGAGGAUGAUGUAUUCUCUGAACCAUCUUCUGCUGCUGAUGAAAGGUCACCGGAGAUAGAGGUCAAAAAUAUGCUCCCACCUGUCGCUUCGAUUUCUCUUGCCCGGAGUCUCUCUGAAGACGGCACUGAUACAUUCAGUAAGCAAUUUGAAUCUAUCCUAGAGUCUCAUCGUGCCAAAGGCACCUCUUAUACCAGCCUAGACUCAGUGGAAAUCCUGCCUUCUCCCAAUAGGAGCCAUGGGAAUUAUUUCACCUUUGACUUCCCAAUCCUGACCUCAGAAAUCCAGGAACAAAUUAAGGAGAACGCCCGACUGAUCGAAGAGAAGUUUUUACCUUGGACUAAUUCCGAUGGUGACUCUUGCAUGAACUCCACCAAGGACUCUGAUUGGCCAGGUAGCCCCGGCUGCAGGGGGACAAGGGUGGACAAGAAGACAAGUAUCAAUCCAAUGGUGGUUUACAGUAAAUCAGAGAACACUCUCACCAGGUGCCAGCUGUACACAGAGGACAACUUACUCAAGAGAACUCUUGAGAUUGAAGAUGAUGAACCCAAGUCAGAUUAUUCUUCCAGUGACAGCAACUUGAACCACCUGGUGAUGGACUCCGAGUCUGAGAUGGACAGCACCGAGCAGCUGGUGCUGGGAAGCACCGACACUUUGGCGAAUGGCAACAAGACUGACCAAGAGGCCGCCAAACGAUUGGCCAAACGCCUCUAUUACCUGGACGGGUUUAAGAGGUCAGAUGUGGUGCGCCACCUGGGGAAAAAUAAUGACUUCAGUAAGAUGGUGGCUGAGGAGUACCUGAGAUUUUUUGACUUCACGGGAAUGAGUCUAGAUCAAGCACUGAGAGCUUUCCUGAAGGAGUUUGCACUAAUGGGAGAGACACAGGAGAGGGAGCGAGUGCUGAUCCACUUUUCACACAGAUAUCACCAGUGCAAUCCUGAUGCCAUCUCUGCAGAGGAUGGUAUACACACACUUACUUGCGCACUGAUGCUGCUUAACACGGAUCUUCAUGGGCAUAAUAUUGGCAAGAGGAUGUCUUGUUCCGACUUCAUCGGGAACUUGGAAGGACUGAAUGAUGGGAAAGAUUUCCCGAAGGAGCUGCUCAAGGUUUUGUACAGCUCGAUAAAAAAUGAAAAAUUACAGUGGACAAUCAAUGAAGAAGAGCUGCGGAAGUCUCUGUCUGAACUGGCAGAUGAAAGAACAGAUCCCAGUCUGAAGGCGAUGAACAGAAUUAGUAGCGGCAGCAAUCCGUUCUUGGAUAUCGUGCAAGAUCCUAACGCAGCCACCUAUAAACAUGGCUUCCUGGUGCGCAAAGUUCAUGCCGACUCCGAUGGGAAGAAAACUCCCCGAGGGAGAAGAGGCUGGAAGACCUUCUAUGCUGUGUUAAAAGGAAUGAUCCUCUACUUACAAAAGGAUGAGUAUAAGUCCGACAAACAGCUGUCAGAAGAAGAUCUGAAGAACGCCAUCAGCAUCCACCACUCAUUGGCUGUGCGGGCAACCGACUACAGCAAGAAGCCCAAUGUUUUCUACCUAAAGACAGCUGAUUGGAGAAUAUUUCUUCUCCAAGCUCCAAAUGCAGAGCUGAUGCAAUCCUGGAUCACCCGGAUAAACCUGGUGUCGGCCAUGUUCUCUGCUCCACCUUUUCCUGCGGCCAUUGGCUCCCAGAAGAAGUUCUGCCGGCCUCUAUUGCCCACCACGCUGACUAGGCUGUCCCUGGAGGACCAGAUAAAGGCUCAUGAUGCCAGACUCAAAUCGAUGACUGUGGACCUGACUGAGCAUCACUCAUACCCUCCUGAUAAGAAAGUGAAAGGCAAAGAGCUGGAGGAGUACAAACAGAAGGAGGAAUACCUGGAAUUUGAGAAAAUGAGAUUCAGCACGUAUGUCUCGCUGCUUCGUGCCAAGGUGAAAGCAGGAACAGAUGACCUGGACAAGUUUGAAUCUGCCCUGUUUGACACCAUUGAGAAUGAAGGGAAUGGCUUGACAAAAUCCCGUUCAAGCCCGUCCCUCAACCAGGAGCAGCCGGUUGUCACCAUCCGGGUCAAGCGGAAUACAUCGGAGCGCAGGAGCUACCGGCACUCUGCCAACACCAAGCACAAGCUAUAACACACUGUGUAGUCGAGCUUUGCACUGAAACUGGCUAGCGUGUUGUACAUUCAGUUACAACUCCUGACUUUAGUGUAGUGCCAGUGAUAGCUGCUCAUGUUGGUUGGCGCAUGCGUGGUUCAAGGGCUGGAUGGUGCAGAGGACUGAAAUGCAGGGUUUGAGAUACAGAUACCAGGGCAACGAUACUGUGACGUUAAGGACAGUGAGCCUAUAUACUUGCUCAGUGCACCAUUACAGGGAAGGACCAUGGCUUCAUCUGCCAGGUCAGGCAGAAGUCAUCAAACAGAAGAUCUUGGAUCAACUUGUACUUUUAUUUUCUGAAUCCUUCACCGGUUCCUCCUGCAAAGGCUCUGUUCUUCUCUCUCAAGCACGUAAGAGGUAAGGCAUGCCCUUUGCAGAAAAGGAGCGGUGCCACACAGCUGCUGUGUUUCUACAGAGCAGUUGAAUAAACGUGUAUUUCUUUUGCAUGAGGUGGCAGCAUUGAGAGCAGCUCAGGAUUUCUGCGGGGAAGCAGUGGAAGGCUUUGGUGAGCCUGCCUUGUGGUUCUGAGUUUUGAUGGGACCUGCUAUGUGGUUGCUGCCAGCUCACAAUGGUUUCCUCGAUUGUACCAACAGAGGUUAAGGAAUUAGGGCUUCUCAUAGACACACUCUCCGGUGUGGUAUCACUGACAAUCACAUCCAUGUCAGUGAUGAGUUAAUACUAUUGUUCUGGUACCAUACAUUGAUAUUUCAUUUAUAUUGUGUUUCACUUUCCCCUUUAUCCAACUGUUUGCAUCUGCUUUACAUACCACCCUGCCACAGCUCAAAUGUUAAAUUAUUCUACAGUAAGCAUCAGAGUCAGUUGAAUGUGCGUUUCAUAAAAUUCAUUCUAAUGAAAUGAAUCGUAGACUGUGUGUUUUUAACAACAACUUUGGUAUACAUGAUAAUGUUAUGUUGUUUACGUAGACAGACAGGAGUCUGGUAUAACCAGUUCAGUCUCAUUCCCCUUCUUUCUGAAGUAAAAUUUUAAAGGUCCCUUGUUCUAGUCAGUGGUGUUGACUUUGAGGCCAGGAGGUCAACAGCAAUCUAAAGAUUCCAAAUGAUGGAGCCGUGUCCCAUUGGGGGCUAGAUCUGGACUUAGUGCGAUGUUGGCGCUUAGGAAUAGGAAGAGGCCAUUUAACCUCUCAAGCCUAUUCUGCCAUUCACUGAGAUCAAGGCUGAUCUGUGACCAAACUCCAUCUACUUGUCUUUACCCCAUAUCCCUUAAUACCUGUGGCUAACAAUCUGUCAAACUCAGUUUUAAAUGUAACAAUUGAUCUAGGAUCAAUUACCAUUUGGAGAAGAGAGUUCCAAACUUCUCCCCGAUUUUACUUCCAUAACUUGGAUAGAGCGAAAUGUUAAACUGGAUGCCAACUUCCUCUCACGUGGUUUACACCACCGCACAGAGUCUAGAUCUACCCCACAGAGUCCUUGUUACCUUCAGUGCUGCUGCAUUGUGCUUUUUUUCUAAGUGCGGUUUUCAUUGGAAUCUUGUAUCCUUUCAGUAGGGCAGAGGAGAUUAAAGAAGCUCUCUCUCUCUCUCUUCUGUUUUGGUCAUCCAGCUAUAAGGUGUGAUGGGGUUGGGGGGGGAGGUGGUGGAAUGCUGUAAUAUUCUCUGGGAAGAGGCUAGGGCUAGAUGGGCCGAUUAGCUUCCCUCAUCCCUGUCAGAUGAUUAAAGUGUAUCACAGCUGGGCAGUGAUGUCUCUCGCAUUGUCAGCAUUGGAAACUCUGCAUCAGUUGUCCUAUUGCAGCUGAACCUAGCAGGGAAGAGAGAAACUGCGGGCAUUCCUGUGAGUUGGCCUCCAAGAGUGAUGUUUUUCAGGUUGUUAUUUGCACACCGAUUACUCACCGAAGCUGGAUUUUAAUAUCGUUUCCAUACAACAUGGGCAGACUUGGGCUGUGACCCUUGUGUGGUGUGAUCCCGGCAGAUAAAUGCCCAGAGCGUUUGCAUUAAAUUUGCUAUUUUAAUAAAGGUGCCCCAUAAAAAAUGAGAUAAACUGGUUAACGCCGGCUUCAAAGGAGCAGUGGGGGGGCGGAGUUGGAUCUGUACUCUUUGGCGGUUUGUAGGCCUGUAACCCAAAGUAGAGUUUGAAAGGUUUGGCCAUGUUCAUUGUGGGUUUCUCAACAUCCCACUAACUGGAAUAAGUCACAUAAAAGCACUUGAAUUAAUGUCAAAGUCUCAAACUAAAAUCUAACUUUGUGGCUGAUUUCAUGGCUUUAUUCAUCUAGAGGUACAGGCUGAAGGGAAGAUUUGAUAGCAACAACCAAGGGUCACCACAGUCACACAGCCAAACUGAAGGCCACCGCUCCCCGAAUAUUUAUUCCGAGUCUUUCUUUCUUUAUUCUCGGUUCACCGGGGGGUGAGUGGGGAUUGGGUGAUGACAGUGCAGCACUCUGCCCUUUCACUUUUGGGAGCUAUAGAGUUGAGAGCAGAGGGGAUUGUUUAUAAAGAGUGUCUUAGUGGAAUGAUGAGUUAGCCAGCAGUCCUUCCAUCUCUGGGACCUCGCCUUGAAUCUAGCGCAGAAAAAUAUUUGCUCACCCUAUUGGUCAAAAGGGGAAACUUGACUGAAACAACAAUAACAACAACUUGUAUUUAUAUAGCACCCUUAAUGUAGCAAAAUAUCCCAAGGUGAGUCACAGGGGCAUUGUUUUAUAAUGACAUCAAGCCACCUGAGGAGAUAUUAGGUCAAGUGCCCAAAAGAUUGGUGAUAAGAGAGAGUUUUUAAGGAGUGUCUUAAAGGAGGAAAGUGAGUUAAGAGAGGCAGAGAUGUAGGGAGGAUAUUCCAGAGCUCGGGGCCCAGGCAACAGGAGGUAUGGCCAGCAGGGGUGGAGCAAUUAAAAUCAGGGAUGCACAAGAGGCCAGAAUUAGAGGAGAGCAGAUAUCUUAGAAGGCUGUGGUGCUGGAGGAGAUUACUGAGAAAGGGAGGGGGUGAGGCCAUGGAGGGAUUUGAAAAUGAGGCUGACCAGGAGCCGUUGUAGGUCGAUGAGCACUGGGGUGAUAGGGGAAGUUGACUUGUUGCGAAUUAAGAUACAGGCAGCAGAGUUUUGGAUGACCUGAAGCUUGUGGAGGGCAGAAUGUGGGAGACCAGCUGGGAGCCUGUUGGAAGGAUCGAGUCCCGUGGUAAUGAGGGCAUGAGUGAGGGCUUCAGCAGAAGAUAAGCUGAGGCAGGGGAGAAGUUGGGAAGUUGAAGGAAGGUGGAAAUAGACGAUCUUAGUAAUGGUACAAAUAUGAAAUUAAAACAUGAGAAAGAAGUUAGCUGACAUUUCAGGUCAGUGUUGAGGAAGAUUUGUAUCUUAACCUGUGUUAGAUUUAAAUGAAAUUAGUGUCAGAGAGCCUCAACCCGAUUUCUUUAAUUAGCCCAGUUACCUUCAUUCAUCACCAUUUAGCAGCAAACUAGCAGUCUCAAACAGAGACUGCAGAGAUGGCCGCUAUAGGAACUAGGUGUGUCACUCUGGUCCUGAUGCCUUUAGAGGGUCAGGAUUAAGGAGUACUGUUGGGAAGACAGACAGGGAGCUAAACCUUGAAUAUGACCUUCGUUUGAAGUGCACAAAGUGGAGAAUUGUUGCCUUGUUGAGCGUUGCCAUCCUCCUGUAGUAAUGAGAACAAAAAUUACAUGGACCAUUAUAAAAAAGAAUUCCACAAAUGGACUGAUUGAUAUAAAGCCCAUCAAUCUGGUGGCUUCAUCUUUUGCCCUGAAGGGAACAGCCACCAUUUUAUGUCUUCAAGAAAUGACUCAGACAAAUUUAAAUCAAGUAAACUCUUAAAUGUUAAUAGUUAUUUAAAGAUGACAACUAUUGUAAAACUCAAGGAAUACUGUUCAAUAAACAGAUGUUACAUUUAAA